UAUAAUUGUAGUACAUACACUCCUGUCUACCAUAGGUGUACCAUAAUAAUUUUACUAUGCGGUUUAUUCAGAAUUAAAUUAUCGAUUUAGUACAAUGAUCAAUUUUAGGUGCUCUCCUAUGAUUAAUUUUACGUACGACGUAAGAGAUCGUUGUAGCCGAUAUGUUAAGAAUAUUCUCUAUUGGCUUGCCAUAAAUUAAAAGUCUAACCUUGCCUCGCAUGUGGAAUCGAAUACAGAGCAUUAUUUUCUGUUUUAUUAAAUACAUAAGGAACCAUAAGUUACGAAAUUAUCAUAGUUUUCCUUAUACUGUUCACGGAAAAACAUUGUAACUAAUGUAUCAAGUAUUGCAUGUAAUUAUGCAAUACAUUAGAGUAAUUAAUUUCCUGAUGUUCCACGUGCCUCUGUUUUGUGAAAUGCUAUUAAGGAAAUUCUUUGUUUCCUAUACUUCUCCGAAGAAAUUGUGUGUGUCAUCUGUUUCACAGGCUAACGAUUUGAAGAAUGGGGUGAAUAAGAUGAAAGCUGUUAAAAAAAUACAACUGAAGGAAACUGAAUUUAAUCCUGAAUUAGAACCAUUACUCAAAGAGAACCCUAACAGAUUUGUUGUAUUUCCUAUUCAGUGGCCUGACAUUUGGCAAAUGUAUAAAAAAGCAGAAGCGUCCUUCUGGACUGUGGAAGAAGUGGAUCUCUCUAAAGAUACAUUUGACUGGGAUAUUUUAAACGCUAGCGAGAAACACUUUAUAUCGCACGUAUUAGCAUUCUUCGCGGCAUCCGACGGUAUCGUUAAUGAGAAUCUCGUAGAACGAUUUAGCCAAGAAGUUCAAGUGACAGAGGCACGCUGUUUCUAUGGCUUUCAAGUAGCGAUGGAGAACGUGCACUCAGAAAUGUACUCCUUAUUAAUUGACACAUACAUCACGGACGCCAAUGAAAGAGACUUUUUAUUCAACGCGAUUGAGAAUCUGCCUUGUGUCGCCAAGAAGGCCAACUGGGCAUUAAAUUGGAUAAACCAUGAAAGUGCCACUUUCCCCGAGCGCGUAGUCGCAUUUGCCGCGGUCGAGGGCAUUUUCUUCAGCGGCAGUUUUGCUGCUAUUUUCUGGUUGAAGAAGCGAGGUCUUAUGCCCGGAUUGACGUUCAGUAACGAACUUAUUUCUAGAGACGAAGGUUUGCAUUGCGAUUUCGCUUGCCUAAUGUUCAAGCACAUCGUGCAAAAGCCGUCUUGCGAACGAGUUACGUCGAUCAUAAAGAAUGCAGUCGAAAUUGAACAAGAGUUUUUGACGGAUGCUUUGCCUGUUGAAAUGAUUGGCAUGAACUGUAAACUAAUGUGCCAGUACAUCGAAUUCGUAGCGGAUAGAUUACUCUUAGAGCUAGGUUGCCAAAAGACUUACAUGUCCGAAAAUCCGUUCGACUUCAUGGAGCACAUAUCGUUAGAGGGUAAGACGAAUUUCUUUGAGAAAAAAGUUGGCGAAUAUCAAAAAUGGGGAGUGAUGCAAGAUAAGAUCGAGAACGGUUUUACGGUUAACGCAGACUUCUAAUUUAGUAUGAAUUGACUUAUGUGACAGCAGAUAAAUUGACUUAGUUUUCGUAGCAAACUUUCCCUUGUACAAAUUAACGUAUUUUUUGUCCGUGUGUAUUUUUCUGAUUAUAUUAAGACUUGUUUAAGUUUUCAUUAUUGAUGAAUUUUUCUUGAGAACUUUUAUAUUUUGACGUUUAACAUUUAGGAUCUAUCCGCGAAUGGAUUUAUUGUCCGACGGAUUGAUAUUGUAGACUUAUUGCGACUUGAUUUGCGUAUUGUUACCUGGAUAAAUAUUAGGCUAGUGCUGUAAAACAAGCGCUCAUUGGCAACCGGAAGUUUGAUACUUCUUCGAUUUAAAACUCUAUAUAGUAAAUUUUGUAUAUGAAACAAAUGCACGGAAGCAUGUGUAGGAAACCACAUUUAAAGAUUGGGAACUGAACAUUUCAGUAUUUGUAUAAAGCUUUCAUGUGUAUAUAUGUAUGUAAUUUGAUAAAUAAAGUAUUAUUGUAAGCAUUCGUAACAAUAAA